AGCGAUGUUGAAUUAUAAAUGCCUUCGCUUACUCGGUAAUUGAAGUAUCAACUGUAUAAAUCGAGAGCCUAGCCUUAGAAUUCAAUAGCAGUCUCGACUUUCUCACUUAUAAUCUUCCUACCUAUCGGCAUGAGCGGCUUGUUUGAUAACAUUUCGGACUUCUCUCGAGAAGCUCUCCUCACAGUGCUCUCACUAUCGUUAUGUCUGCUUUAUUUAUCAAUUAAAAUUAUCCGUCGUUUACUCUUCAGUCCACUUCGACAUGUCCCCGGGCCAUCCUCUACCAAGCUCACUGGAGCAACAGUUUGGCUGAGUACCAUACAAGGCCGUCGCGUUUACAAGCUGGAGGAACUACACAGGAAGUACGGUCCUGUUGUACGAACUGGUCCGAAUGAGGUAUCAAUCAGUAACUGGAGACACCUGCGCACCAUCUAUCUCAAUACCAAGGGAAUGAUUAAAAACCCAGACUUCUAUGAAGCUGCUACCUUUGUGGGUAAAGACAAUAUUUUCCAGAUGAUAAAUGUCCAACAACAUGCUGCACGAAGAAAGAUGAGCAGUCCCCCAUACUCACUGCAGUCCGUUGCGCUGCUCGAUCCCUUGAUAAAAGGCAAUGCCCAACGUCUCGCGCAACGGCUUAGAAGCGGCACAUCAUCUCCCGUCGAUGCCUACACACUAUGCGGUCUCUUCAGCCUUGAGGUAAUAUGCCAAGCUGGCUUCGCAAAAGACUUCUCCAACGACAUCAAUGGCGCAGCUGCUCUCAAACUACUCCAAGCAAUGGAUGGAAGCGCCCUUACAUUGCUCUUUGACGGCGCCCUUCCUUUUGUAGCCAGAUUUGACAUCGGUUCCAAAUUGCCAGGCGCCAUUGGUGACUCAUAUCGUAAACGAGAUUACUGGCGGGAGAAGUCUUAUGAGAUGGUCGAUCACUUUCUGGAGAAGAGUACGGAUGAUGAGAAGUAUUUGCUUACACCUCUUGCGACUGGGGUUGAUGGAUACCUGGGGCGCAAACUUACUCAUGAAGAGCUUGUCGAGGAAGCUAUGGGCUAUAUGUUUGCUGGCUCGGGUACUACAUCGUCGACAUUGACAUACUUGCUGUACGAGCUCUCGAAGCCGGAGAACGCCGCUAUUCAGGAGCGAUUGCGCACGGAAGUAAUGGCAAUACCUGAUGAUGAUAUUGUGGUCAUCAGAAACAACGCAUACAUCAACGCAAUCAUCAAAGAAACCCUCCGCGCUCAUCCAACAAUCAUCUCAACCCUACCUCGUCUACUCACUGAGCCUAUGACGCUCGGCCAGUACACUCUCCCAUCAGGCACGGUUGUCGGAAUGCAGAAUUGGCUUCACCACCAUGAUGCCUCAGUCUUCCCGGACCCAGAGAGAUUCAUCCCUGAGCGAUGGCUCGCCGAGACUCCAGAGAUGAAAUUUGCUCUCACACCGUUUAGUCUUGGUAAGAGAAAUUGUAUCGGCCAGAAUCUUGCGUGGCAGGAGCUUUAUUGGGCUGUAAGCGAGGUCAUGCGAUCAGGGUUGAGGUUUAGAGUUGCGGAAGAAAUGAAGGAUUGGGAGAUGGAGAUGGAGGAUCGGUUCAAUAUAGCUCCGCGCGGGAGAAGGCUCAUGCUUACUGUUUCGCCGGUCGAUUAGGAGCGGGUUAUUGUCGGAAAAUUGGGUGACUGAAUGGAAAUGGACGGUGAUUGGCUUACUCUCGCUAAAAUAGCAUGACGUUGAGCGUUUUCGAGGUGCGCUAAGCGACCAGACUGUCUUUAUCUUAUGAUAGUGAAUACCAUGGGUUUGGGACAUGUGAUACAGAUCGUGAUAGUUCAUGACGAUAUUUGAGACUCAUAUAUGAUCAAUGAUGAAGAAUUAUAUUAUACAGGCCGUGUAUAUCUAUCUAAUCAUGCAUUUUGAACGCCAAAUUCC